UCUAGAUAUGGCGGAUUCGGAUAAAAAAAAGAAUAUGAUUAGCCAACAUUACUUGAAAAAUGUCGCUUCUACGAGCGAUGCUAAGAAUGUCGCUUCUAAUUCUCUAUUAAACACAUAUGUAAACAAAAGCAUAGAGCUGAGUGUCAUGAAUGAUGUAAUAAAUAUGUACCAAAACAGCUUACUGGAGGAAGAAAAAAACUUAGAAGAAGAGAAACAAAAGCUGGUCGAUUUAAAUGAUCAAGUGUGGUCGCUAAAAGAUUCAUAUUGCAAUCAGGUGUGGCAGUUCUCGCGCGAACACGAUUUCUUUGCCAUCUUCCAAAAUUAUCCUUUCGUUACGGAAAUCAAUCAUUACAAACAGCAGAGGGACAAUUUCAAAGACGAUAUAGAAAGGAGUUCGGAGCUGAUUGACCUCAUAAAUGAAGUCGAUGCUAUUAAAGCAGAGAUCUCUAAUCUCAAUCGUGGAAAAAAUCUCAAGCAAGAUAUAGAGAAUGCGUUAGCGAUCUUGAAGAAAUUACAACUAAUUUCGGACGAUAUUACAGAAUUGCUGAGAUUAAUAAGCCAAGAAAAACCAUCGUGCGAUAUUACUACAUCGAUAUCAAUGCCGAUAUAUGAUGAAAUUCCUCAUUGCGAUAAUAAAAUUGCACGACAUAAACAUAAUUCAGACCGCGAAAAUUUAAAGAACAAGAAGACACGUGGAAAUCAAAAGGGUCUGUCAUUGAAAAAUAAAGCGUGCUCGAAGGAUGACAAUUUAAAUGCCACUGCUAACAGAAAACAAAUGAUUGCGACUCCUAAAGAUUAUCCACAAUUAUCCUUUGAAAGAAGCAUCGUAUUCAGUACGAAAAAAAGGGUCACCAGCCCUUCCAGUGAUAAAAAACACAAUUUCACUCCAAAGAAACGUAGCGAUGUUUCUGUUAGAUUCGAGCAACAUCGGAAGCAGUAGUAAUUGUCAAUAUUGUAAGCCUACCUGAACACAAAUAUAAUUUAGAAAUUAUUAUUUUCGCGGCGAAUAUUAUAAAUUCGUUCAAAAACGAAUAAUGUCAGAUACUACAUUCCAGGGAUAAUGUUAAUAUAGUGUUAAUAUAAAUGUUAAUAUAGUGAUACCUGAGGGAAAUAAAUAUCGCAUAUAUGUGAAAACGAAUGCAUCAAAAGGGUCAUGCAAGAAGUAGAAAAGUGUGGGUUUCGGGAAAAUAUUUCAUAAUAUAUUUAUAUAUUUAGAAAUAUUUAUACAGCCUCUCAUACAUAAUUACGUACACAUAAUGUACACCAGAUUACAUUUAACAUUAUAUUUCUGGAAUUAUA